AUGGCACCGGUAUUGGAAUCUUGUUGGUCUCCAUGCAUUUGGUCAUCAAACACGAAGGUUGGAAGUCGGGCAGUUGCCGUAUACACAGCUGCCAUGAGCUUGAUUCUUAUAACGUUCAUUGUGUAUCAAAUGAAUGGCGGUGACUCUACUCAGUUAUGGAACCCCUUGUUUGAGGCUGACGUGAGAGGAUCUCUCCAAAUCUUUGGAGUCAUAUUUAUUGUUAUAUUCAUACUGAUGAUUAUUUUCUCCGUGCUAAUGGUAGUUGGUAUAAAUAUCUGGAUGAGAGGAUUCAUACUCCCAUGGCUGGUGUUGAUGGGUCUCAUUAUUAUUUUCCAACUGAUCUUUGGAUUGUGGCUCUUUGGAGGAUACUACAUUUAUUUGGAUGCAACAUUUGCUGCCUUUAUAGACCUGUUAUGGAUGGCGUACAAUAUACAUUGCUGGCUCUGCGUGUUCUCACAGUACCAGAUAAUACUGGAGAUGCAGUCACCAAACAUAGAAAUAUUAAUGGAAUACUGA